GGGCUGUCGGGGCUUGUGCAAUGUCAACAACAGGGAGUUUGUUAUGAUUCAGAUAAGAUUCGGAUGAUUCGUGGCCAAGGUGUAUAUAUUUAGAAGGUGAAUUUUUGUCGAUUUGGCAGGUAGACAUUUUGGAUUUUGGCCGGUCGAGAAACUUCAAAGUUUGUUUACUUAAUCAUAUGGUUUGGGACUACCAAAAUAAACAAACAUAAAGCAUCGUUUUUCGGUUCAGUAAACCAAGUUUCUACAUUUAUCAUCGUCGUUGCACAUAGCACUGAAGAUAAACAGUUCCUUUACCAGCUCUAAAAAGAAAUUUGCGUGACGUUGUUUUCUUCAUACAGCUACCAAAGGCCUAUCGGACGUAUCGAAUUACGGCAUACCACUCGAUAAAAUUACACUGGUAGAUUAAGUGAAGCUGUUCGAUUCUCGUGCUAAGUACCAUAAAUUACAAGGAAUAGGAUAGAAUUGUGCCGCAUCCACCUCGAAACCCUUAUCUUUCGUACCCGUCAGGCGUAUAAUGCUUCACUGGAUAGCAUUAGCAAUUAUGCGUAGAUUGUUCGGAAAGUUUCACUAUGAUUUGAAAGCACCAGCACCACCAGUGCGUGGACCGUAAAGUAUCAGUAUCAUGAUGUGCUGCCUCCACUGGAUCCAGGUAAGGACUCCAUCGAUCAUCGGUGUAAGAACGUUUAUAUUGAAUGAUACUGUAAACUGUUUACGGGGCAUUCAAUAUUUAUCACUUCAAAGCCACCAAAAACACGCAAUCCACAACCGAGCAAACCGAAAGUACAAGAAGCUAUGAGGGUAAAUAUUUGUAAACAAUACCUCCACCAAUACCUUCUACCAUUCCACAACCAUUUCUUCUCCACCUCACCACGGAACAAAAACGUCAAGUCGCGAAAUGUCAAAUUGCUCUAUAUAAUUCUACCUCCUAAAUCUAUAUACCUUGUUCGUGGCUUGAAAAUCAGUCUGUCAUUACCAGCGAGUGUCAAAAAACGUGUCUUUCCGUAACGGACAAUUUUUGCGUAAAAAAGAGAGGAUUUUGAUUUGAAAAAUGUCGGUUAGCGACAGAACCUUUAAGGUGGAUUUCUCGCAAAUCCCAAGAAAGCCCACACGCACAGAAAUUUUUAGCUUCCUUACGGACAAGCUAAGCCUAAAACCGGAAAAGCUGGAAAUGGUACAAUUCCUGAACCUUUCCACAUCUGUGGUGGUGGAGAUGAAAGAGGAGGGCGAUGCUCUCUUAAUAGUGGAGGUGCAUGAUAGAAAGCACACCAUCACGUGUAACGGUGGGGAUCACGCGAUCCCAAUCACAAUGGAGGACGACACCAAAGUCGUAACCAUACAGGAGGUAUCCGCCAAGGUGACUAACGCGGAUAUUAUAUCAGCUUUGGAGGCCUUCGGGGAGGUGAAGGGGGCAAAGGACCUCCUCUGGGAGGAGCCUACGCCUUUUCCAGGCGUAAGAAACGGCAACAGAGCGGUGAAAAUGUUAAUUAACAGGCCCAUUCCAUCAUACAUCACCAUAAAGGGUGAGCGGGGUAGGAUCACAUACCGCGGGCAGGAACAAACCUGCAUGUACUGCGAUCAAAUGGUCCAUUACGGUGUUUCCUGCACACAAAAUAGGAAAAAUAACAGCCAAAAGGCAUCAGGUGUCAACCAGCGCCUAUACUCGGCAAUAGUACAGGGCAACCACACUACGGCCAAAGAGGGCUCAACAGAAAAAGUGGUAACCACAAAAAGUGUCCCCACCCAAGUGGGUACAAUUACUAGAAAAAAAUCCAUUGACGAACCAGGCUGCAGCAAAGCACUGGAACGCAUAGACUACGGUAAAAGUGUCUCGAACACUAUGACACUUAACAAAAGAGCAAUGUCCGACAGCUCCUAUCCAGACACAGACGAGGAAAAAGCAGGGGUCUCCCAGCAUGAUUUUAAAAAGCCACACAAAAAAAGCACCAAAACGAACGAACGUAGCAUACUAUAAACUGCCAAACAGGUUUUUUGUUGUAUAGGUUUUUGUUAACAUAUAAAAAAAAGAGAAAAGAUAAAUUUGUUCAAUAUUAUGACAUCCACAUUAAAAAUACUACAAACAAACAUAACCAGCCUCAUUAAAAACAAAGACGAGUUAGAAAGAAUUCUACUCGCACAAGACAUCACAGCAGCUUGCAUCUGUGAAACUUGGUUAGACGACAAUAAUCUACAUAAAUCCAAAAUCCACAACUACAACCGCAUAAACAGCAAUAGAUCGGACGGCUAUGGAGGCACUGCAAUUUACCUCCAAAAAAACAAAAAAUUUAGAACAAUCAAUAGACUUAGUAACGAAAACAUACAAAUCACAGAAAUUGAACUCAUACAGGAUAAAUUCAAAAUAAUUUGCAUCUAUGCAGCCCCUAGGACCCCGAUUCAAGACUUCAAAGACACCAUUACGCAAAUAAUACACAAUACAAACAACAGGAAAUGCCUAAUAGCCGCAGACCUCAACUCGCAUCACACCUCAUGGGGAAACCCUUGGAGCGACAAUAAAGGUACGUUUAUAAUUAACGAAAUAGACAAUACUCAACUAACAAUUUUGCACAACAAAGAACCUACAUACAUCCCCACAGACUUAAACAAAAGAAAUACAGCAAUAGACUUAACAUUCGUAACAGAAAACAUAACCGAUAAAUGCACAAGGGUAGUACUAGAUCACCACAUGGGAGCCACCAAUCACAAAACAAUUAUCACAACUAUAGAAACAAUCAAUCACAAACAAGCCCGACUAAUAACAAACAGGAAAAAACUUUACCAUGAAUUAAAACAAAUGGAAAUAGAGGAACACACCUCAGUGAAACAAAUUUUCCAGAAAAUAGACACACUAGUAAAAGAAAACACCUCUAAAUCAAAAAAACCACUAAAAAUCUGGUGGAAUAGAGAAACGGAAAAAGCUUGGAAGGUAAAAAACAAAAGUAGACAAAUUUUCAAUAGAAACAAAACAAUAGAGAACGAAAUUGAAUUCAAGAAAAAUCUAGCUAAAUUCAGACUAAUUAAAAGAAAACACAAAAUCCAAAAAUAUGAAGAGAAACUUAGCGAGAUAAACAAUUACACUAACACCACAGAAUUAUGGAGAUUUAUAGGAAAAAUCGAAGGCAAAAAAACAAACACAAAAGAUGAAAAUCUCAUCCACAACAACAAAGAGGCAGCAAAAACAUUUUUAGAAGAAAAUUUUCAAAAAAAUAAGAAAGGGAACAAAAAACCUUAUCAAUAUGCUAGGCCAUUAAACAAUAUCAUGGACGAAGAAAGAUGGCAUAACAUUCUAAAAAAAAAGAAAAAUACAGCCCCAGGGCCUGACAAAAUCUCCUACGAAAUUCUGAAAAAUAUAAAUAGACCAUCGGUCAGUAAAAUAGUAAAGGAGAUAAAUAACAUGUGGGAAAAAGGAAAUUUAAAAAAGAAAUACAAACACAUAGAAAUAGUGGCGAUCCCCAAACCAGGGGCUGAUAGAAACAACGCUAAAAACUAUAGGCCCAUAGCUAUGAUUCCGGCUAUCACUAAAAUCAUAAAUUCAGCAGUGUUAGAAGACCUCAACAGACACUGUCACAACAACAACAUUAUACCAACAACUUCUUUUGGCUUCAAAAAAAACUGUACCACAAACCAAUGCGUCAACUAUUUAGUGAAUGAAAUUACAUCCAACAAAAGAAAAAACUGGUUAACUGGAAUAAUGUUUAUAGAUUUAAAAAGCGCGUACAACAACGUACACACAGACUCGCUCAUACAAAUUUUGGAGCAAAACCAGAUUCCGAUAGAAAUCAUUAGAUGGGUAGGAAGUUUCUUAAACAACAGAACGAUAGAAAUAAAAUCAGAAGGAGAAAAGCUAAAAAAAUUAGUGUCAGACGGUUUACCACAAGGGGAUGUCCUCUCACCCACCUUAUUUAACAUCUACACCAAAAAAAUCCACGAAACACUCAACAAUAGCGACGGAAAAGUUUUACAGUAUGCGGACGAUUUCGUAAUCAUUCAAAAAGGGAAAACAGCCACAGAACUGGAAUAUAAGAUGCAAACAGCGAUCAAUAGUUUUUCAAAUACAAUCCAGGGACUAAAGCUUCCAAUUAACAUAGACAAAACAAAAUUUAUGAUCUUCAGCAAGAAACCCCAAAACAUCACUAUACAAAUAAGAAACCAGCGAAUAGAAAAAGUUACAGUUUACAAAUAUCUCGGAGUGUGGAUUGAUGGCAACCUAUUUUUCAAAAAACAUGUAGAAGAACUCAAGGAUAAAGCUAGAAAAAGAUUACAGUUAGUGAGAAGGAUAUGUAACACCAAAAACAACCUCAGCCCUACGAAAACCAUUACUGUACACAGAGCCAUUAUAAGGAACAUUUUGGAAACUGGCUCCCUGUACACUCUAAAUGCAAAAAAAAACUUACUAAACUCAAUGAAUUCAAUUACAAACCAGUCACUCAGAAAAGUAACGGGUUGCUCUAAAACAACCCCUAUUAACACGCUAAUGGCGAUUGCAGCCGAAACCCCACCACACAUUAGAGCAAGUUAUAUAGCCAAAAAGGACAUGGUCAAAACAUUAAUUUACUCUCCGAUCCAUAGGGACCAAAUGAGAAGAACCAUGAGAGAAAACUCAAGAACCAGAUCAAGAAACAAAUCAUACAUGGAGAAUUUAUUCCAGAACAAUCUGAAUAUUUUUGAAGAAACAGCAAGAAUCAAAACAAAUGACAUCAAUGGAAGCACAAAAAUUCGCUGUGAAAUCGAACCCAACAUAUCAAAAAACUCUACAGCAGGGAAAGUAUACCUCAAACAAUUUUGCGAACAGGAAAUAAAAAAGCUAGGAACAACGAACACUCUAAUUUUCACUGACGGGAGCAAGAGCGAUGAGGGAUGCGGAAUCGGAAUAUACAUAAGACCUCACAAUAAUAACAAUAACAGAUACUGGGCACAUAAAUUCAAAACAAAAAACAUAACUCCAAUUACGUCCAUAGAAUUAGCAGCCAUAGAAAAAGCCAUUAACAUCAUAACGAUAGAAAAAAUAGAAAACCCAAUCAUCCUUACAGACAGUCAAGCUGCAUGUAAAAUCCUCAUUAACGCACAAAACCUCGAUCACAUCGACGAAAUAGUCUAUAAUAUACUCAGAGGAUGCAAACACUCUAACGCUCAAAUAAGAUGGAUUCCAGGACACUUAGGUCUAUAUGGAAACGAAAAGGCAGAUGAACUAGCAAAAAAAGGAGUGCACGCAAAAGACAUAUACAACAACAAACUACGUUUGGCAGAUGUAAACCAUAUGUUAGUUGAAAACAUGAAAAAAGAAACUAGAGAAUGGUACAAAAAAACGUGUGAGCAAAAGGGAAAAAAAUUCCAAAGAUUCCAAAAAGAGUUCGAAGACAAACCGUGGCACCACAAUCUAAACAUCACACCCCACGACAUCAAAACAACAAACAAAAUCAUAGCUGGACAUGAUCUCUCAAAAUAUUGGCUCAACAAAAUGAGAAUCACCGAAAACGGAAACUGUGAUGCAUGUAAUAUUCCCGAAACAGGAACACAUAACAUCUUUUACUGCAACAGAUACCAGACCCAACGAGAAAAAUACGACAUCUCCUUCGACGCAUUUUUAGAGAAAUGGAAAGAGCCGAACGGACGCAUGGUCAAAAAUAUAACCAAAUUCAUACGAGAAACAAAAAUCUCACUUUGAAUAGAACCAAGCAAGACAUGAAACAUGCAGCAUAAACGAAAAGCAUAACACCACUCAUCUGACAAACAGACCAAGCAGAAAAACAACAGACUCCGCAACCGGGUAGAUGACUCUUGAGCAGUCCUAGGACUCAGUCGAAAGCCCAAACGAAACAGUUAACCUUUGAAUAUGUGGGGGGAACAAUAGUUGCUCAUACGCAUAGAAGGCUAUACCCUGUUUCAACAAAAUAGAAGAAGAAGAAGAAGUGGCUUGAAAAUGGGCACGGAAUUGCAGCACUACUAUCUGGAAUUGUCCCCGGAUCCGAUUCGAUUCGACGGUACCGGGCUGCUGACAAACGUAUUCUUUGACGAUGCCAAACAACAGGUGAUUGCGGUCCGUUCCGGUGGAGCUACGGGAAUCGUAGUGAAAGGUGCACGGGAUGGCGAAAACUUUGUGUUUUGCAUGGAUCUACACUCGACCGAUGCGCCUGAUGCACAGAUCCGAUCCAUAAAGUUCUCCAUCGACAACCAGGUGCUGGCCGUGCAGCGUAGCGAGACGUCGGUCGAGUUCAUCAGCUUCCUGCCAAACCAUCGGCCCAAUCUGCAGGAGAUGCUGCUGUACAAAGGCAAAAGCGUCAUCAAUGGGUUUGUGUGGGUGCAGGAGCGGCAGGUGGCGCUGUUCACAAACGUUGGGGUGGAGAUAUUGAUGGUCAACUUUGAAAAGCGCACCCUCAAAUCGGUCAAAUCGCUCAGCAUCACAAUGAAUUGGUUCAGUUACUGUCCCGUUUCGAAGUUUGCGCUGCUGUCCUCCAAUUUGGGGACAAUUCUGACACCGGUCAUCCUGAAACCGGCUACAAUCACCAAGCUGCCCAGGCUGGAAUUGGGCAUCGACCAAGGUUGCAUGGGAAAGGACGUGACGCUGGCGCAACUUUACGGGACUAACGCAAUAUUGAUUCUAAGGCAACCUCCGAACCGACCGUUCGAGGUAGUAAUUUACCUACUCAAUGGUCCUGGGCUGGCACCAAAAAAAUCACACAUUCUCAAGCUGGGUCAGAGCGGUCGAUUUGCUAUGAACGUGGUCGACGAUGUGGUGAUCGUACACCAUCAGGCGACGGCCAGCUCGAUGCUGUUCGACAUUGCGCUCAGUAGCAGCGAAACGGAGCAUGGCACGGGAGCCAUCAUACACUCACCGAUCAUACCGGCGAAACCCAUCCGGCCAUUUCAGCUCGAAGUGCCAAGCAUUUCGCUCGAUGGGAAAACGAUGAACUGUGAACUAUAUACGAAAGAUUGGGUGCUGUUUCAACCAAACAUUGUGAUCGAUUCGAAGCUCGGAUGCUUGUGGUUUGUUCAGCUAAGGCUGAGCGCACUCUGUGCACUCAUUACCGAUCGAUUGCGGUUGGUGGAAUUCCUACUCCAGCGGAGCGAUGGAAAAACCGUCAUUCUGUCCGUACUGAAGGAUAUGAUGAGCACCAUGUACAGCGGGACGAUGCUACCCGUGAUCGAGAGUAUUUUCAACAAGCUAAACGCACUGUACAAGAGUGUGCUGGACAGCGAGUUGCAGAGCCAAAUGGCAUUGAUGUCCCUGGCCAAAUCGCCCAUGAAGGUUCCUACGCCCCCGCGGGUGCUCAUCGAUCAGGCCGACAUGUACUCGAUCGCAUUCUCCACCAUCAUCGACGCGCCACAGAUGGGAAAGAUCCUGCUGCUUUACCUAAACUCGCUGGCCCGAAACGGCAUCAACGCGAACCACGAGCUAAGUAAGGCACUCUUGAUUGACCUGGUCAGCCACAGACAGUUCGACACGUUGCAGUUUUUGCUAAAAUAUUCCGCUCUCAAUGAAUCGAAAGCGUUGGCCUGCUUUCUGCUCUCCCUGUCGAAUGUGGAGUAUCCAGUCGUAUCGCAAAUGGCGCUUGACAUGUUGGCUCGGUUAAACGCGAAUGAAAUCAUACUGGAGGUGUUGCUGGAACGUGGACAAGUAAUCGAUGCGCUACGGUUGGCCAAACAGAUGCCGGGUGCGGAUUCGUUGCCGGCGAGGAAAUAUCUCGAGGCUGCCUUUAAAACCGGCGAUCCGUUAAUAUUCCAUUCGGUGUACAACUUCUUCCAGAUGAAAAACGUUCGGCUUCGAGGAUGUCCGGAUUUUCUCAAGCAUGAGCAAUGCGGAGAGUAUGUGCAAUAUUAUCAAAGUUUAAUCGCAAACCAAUGCUUAUAGAUAGAAUCGGAUCGGUAUCGAAGUGCUACAAAUAGCAAAGUCAGUUAGCGUUAGUCGAAGCCAAUAAAAAGGAUAUUUAUUCAUUAA